CUGCAGCGGGGGCCCCACCUCAGAUCCAGGCUGAACGGAGAGAAUAGCUCACCUCAGCAUCUCUCCAAGUGAGAAGAGGGAGAUUAUAAUUUGCAUCUUUCCAACAAAGUUUUUUCCUUUUUUACAUGUGUUAUUGAGUUUACCAUAGUUUUUGACACCGGUAAUACCUGUGCUGAAAGAGAAGGGAAAAAUAUAACUUUAAAACCUCGGAUUUACCUAUGCAUUUUAUUUAUUACUUUUUAUUUCUUUUCUGUGCAUCCGCUAUUAAAACGAGGACAAUUGGAUACCUGCGCACUUAAGGAGCUUCAUCUGGGACUCACAUUCCAGUGCGAUGCAGCGCAUGUGACUCCAGCCAGCAGCCAAACAGACUCUAGUAGGCUAAACCACAAUGAAAGACGAAUUCACAGAUGAAGAGGAGGUGCAGUCCUUCGGCUAUAAACGGUUCGGAAUUGAGGAGGGAAGUGAGUGCACAAAGUGUAAAAAUGAUUGGGUACUAAGGGCAGCCAUCGCUCUCCUCUAUGUGCUCUGUGCUCUUCUCACCAUCGCCGUGGCUGUCCUUGGAUACAAAGUUGUUCAGAGGAUGGACAAUGUCACAGAGGGCAUGCAGAAUUAUGGGGUCAAGAUUGAUGCUGUGGAAAUGGACUUCAAGAAACUAGAUGAUCAAGCAGAAGAGAAGUCCCUCAACGCCACCAGUGAAAUUAAUACCUUCAAAUCAGAUCUGGAAGCAUUGCAAAACCAACUGAACGACAUUAGCAGUAAAUCAUCAAACAACAGAGACAUAUUAGAAGAACUGCUGGUCUCAGGAGACAACAUGAAGAAUGGCCAUCUCUCGCUUCAAAGUUUUCUGGCUGGCAACGCAGACUCACUGCGAGGGAUCAACCAGUCCUUGGCUUCCUACAGUGGAAUGAUUGAUGACCUGCAGGCAGACACUGCGCGGCUCCAGUCUGAGCUCCAGGACCAGGUCAAAGUGCAAAGUGAGGCUCAAGUUAGCAUCAGUUUUCUUAAUAUCACCCAAGGCCAGCAGCAGAACUUGCUCAGCACGCUGCAGAAGACAGUUGAAGAUGUUAGCCAGGCAGUACAGAAGCUAAAGAAUGACUAUCAGAUUCUGCAGCAAACAGCCAAUCGAACGCGUUCAGACUCACAGUGGUUGAAAGAAAAACUCCAGAAUCUUCAGGUUCUUGCUGCAAAUAAUUCUGCUCUGGCCACAUCCAAUGGAGAUACACUAAAUGAUUUGAGAGCCCAGCUGAAUGAUUUGGCCAGUCAAAUACAAAACACCUCAGCCAUUGCAGAGACCCAUGACCAAGGCUUACGUGAGCUAAUGGACCGACAGAGAGAUAACGAUAAUGUCACCUCAUCAAAGUUUGAGGAGAUGGAAGCACGAUUGGAAAGGCAUGAAAGCAACAUGGACCGCGUUACAGGAAACAUGAGCUUUGCAACACAAAUUUUAGGUGUCAUCAGCUCUGAUCUGACUGGCUUGAGAUCGUGCGCUGAAACAGUAAUGAGACAUACCGACCUGUUAGCAGGACUGAAUACCACUAUGGAAGAUGUCAAGGCCAACAGCAAAGACCUGCGCACGAAGCAGGAGGAGCUUGCAAGCAGGUUGGACCAAGAAGUGAUCAACCUGUCUAUGGUGAUGGAGGAGAUGAAGCUGGUAGACAAACAGCACUCACAGCUGAUUACCAACUUCACAAUCCUGCAGGGUCCACCAGGUCCAAAAGGCUCCAGGGGUGAUACAGGUCCCCAAGGCCCAAUGGGUCAGACAGGGAAAAAAGGUGAUAAAGGAGACAAAGGAAUGCCAGGCCAGGCGGGGCCAAAGGGAGACAGAGGUGCUAUUGGACCACCAGGAGGGACUGGUCCAAAAGGUUUACCUGGAGCUCGUGGGCUUCCAGGACCUAAAGGAUCAAGAGGGAUUGGAGGUAGACCUGGAACCCCUGGUGAGAAAGGCGACCCUGGAGCUAAUGGAUUUCCUGGGUUGGAUGGAAAAUCUGGAUUGCCAGGACCACAAGGACCCCAGGGACCUAGAGGAGAAGCAGGACCUCCAGGGAUAGAGGGGCCUCGUGGGCACGUUGGUCCAAUAGGCCCUGCUGGUCCCCCGGGCCCUCCAGGUCUCCCUGGACCGCCUGUCAUUAUCAAACCUUCCAGUGCCCCCCAUGUUGUCGAAGCUCCUAUACCAAGUUUAGCUCCAGUAACAACAGAAAAAUCGAGAACCUCUGCAUCAAGACAAGAACAACCUCCAGCUGCUGUUUCCACUCCCACACCUGGUUGUCCUCCGGAAUUCCGAGGGUUUGGGAACAGCUGCUAUUACUUCUCUUCUAGUUCCCAAAGACUUAACUUUAAUGAAGCAAGCAAGUUCUGUAAAAACAUGUCCUCCCAUUUGCUCAUCAUCAAUGACAAUGAAGAGCAGCAAUUUAUAAAAAAUUCAGUCUUAAACAAGGGAUAUUUCUGGUUGGGUCUUACUGACAAGGAGGAGGAAAAUGUCUGGAAGUGGGUGGAUGGAACCAUACCAGUGUUUACAAACUGGAAACCUGGUCAGCCAGAUAACUGGACUCAUGGUCAUGUAAAUGGUGAAGAUUGUGCAGGUCUUAUCCAACAUGCUAAAUGGAACGAUUUCUACUGCACAGACCGCAUAGGAUUCAUCUGUGAACGGACUUCUGAGUUGGUGGUUCCAGUUUUAUAGUGUCCAUCUAAGACUUCCUCUGUGCAAGGAGCUGGAGCUGAAGGAUCUGCAAGACUUAAAGACUGAAAACUCAAGCUGGCUCAUACAGGCAUCACGGACACUGGCAGAUAUUUCUAAAUAGUACAACUUGGUACCCAUUAGUCUUUUGAGUUACUUUAAAUCAUGUGGUACCCAAUGCAGAACAAAGCUAUUCUACUACUGUACCGACUGGGAUUUGGUACGGAAGUAUCAAGAGAUUGUAGUUAUGUCUGUAGGCUGUAAUAUUUUGUAUUUGGUGCAGCCAGUUCUGUUCAUGUAUAUCUGUAAAUAGUAUUUGAGAAAAGACAGCAUUGUUUAAUAUUUCAUACUUUGUUUCUUCUGUACAAUAUUAGCAGAUUUUUUACUUGGUAAUCAUUUAUAAAAAAUAAGUGAUGUUUUUUUUUUUCAGAAUUUGAGGUUAAAAAGGUUCAAACAGAUUGUAUUUCAUAAAAUAUUUCUUAUAUUCUGAUCUUUUAUAAGAUAUGGGAUUCUCUAAACUUCUACAACAAUGCAAGGCAAACACAUUAACUAACUAAACGACGACAGUAUCAUAUGAGAGAAAAAAGUAAAGUCUGGGUAGAUAUGACCUGUCCAAGACGAAUAUGUUCCAACAACAGAUAAUCUAUGUAGCAAUUCUGUUCUUUAAGGGCAGACAAUAUUAGUUAGAAUUAGGUAGGUAAUUUCAUAUGUAGCAGAACAUGAUUAUUCCAAAAUACAAUAUUGUAGGUGAAAAAAGUAUUUUUAUUUUCAUACACAACUGUUUUAAAGCUGCCUAUGUUUUUUCUUGUAUUACUUAAUCUGUCAUCUAUUUUAAUGCCUGAAAUCCCUUCCUUUAUUUCACAAAGCUAAAAAUGAACAACCAAGACACCUGAGACAAUAAAAGCAUAAAGAUGUGUGAAGUUAUUGAUUUUUGCUCCUGUAUGAUUUAUAAAUAAUAAAAUAGGCAGACUUUUCCCCACAACCUAAUUUGGACAGUUCAACUUUGUUACUUGAGGUAGCUUAGAAUUCUGUUGUCAUAUCUCUUAGAUUUCAAGCUUAUUCAUUUAUUUUUCCAUUCAUUGUCUUUACUAUAAUGGGUCAAUUCUGAUUAUCUCAGGACAAUUUAGUUUGACUGAGACAUCUUAGAUUCAUGGAUUUUGACUUUUGAAGGAAGCUGAAGUACCUUCAGAUGUUUAAUGAGAGAUUUUAUGGAUAAAGCCAUUUUCUGCUAGAAACUCAGUCUUUUACAAAAAUAGUAGCCUUAAGGGGAACUAACAUGUUGCUGAAGUCUUGAGAGCCAUACCAUGUUAACUUUAAGAGAAAAUCAGCUGUGAACUACUUUAGCUUAGAUGGAAAACUUUCUUGUUUAUUGUAUAUCAGUAAACCUUUGUCCUACCAGUGUAGCCUAAGAAAUUUGUGAUGAAAUAGGCUAAAUUUAGGCGCAUACAUGAUGUCCUAAGUAGGAGCAUAAAGCAUCUGUGAUCAUAUGGAGCUGAAAUGGCAGGAGUGGUAGCCAUUCUGAAGGAAGCAGCAUUAUCUUAAUAGAAGACAUUGACAAGACUAUUGAAUUUUUUUCCACCAUUUGAUCACUGAAGAUCUUCAGCAACACAUUUGCUAUUGUGGUCUACCUUUUUCAUCUUCAUAAACAUCCUUUGAGGUCUUUAUUUAAUACAUAAUGUGAAGCUUUUGCCGCACUCCCACAGACUGCCACUCUGGGUCCCUGAGCAAGACGCUUAACCCCCACACUGCACCCCGGGAGCCGCACAAUAAAAGCCCACUGCUCCCCAAGGAGAUG